AAAAUAGUGAUGUCGCGAAACGCAUUGUUGGUGCUAGUGGCCACGUGGCUGGUGCUGGCGGUGGAAUCGAAUGUGAUCCUACGGGAUGAGAACGCGGUGGACGGUGAUGACGGUGAAAUCGAUCUGUCCCAUCUGGGGCUGGAGAUUUACGGUGAACCGAAUGAGGAAGUUGGAAAGUUGGUCAACAGUUACGAUCCGGACAAGGAUGGAGUGAAUCCGGAGGAGCUGGGUUCGUACGUCGGCGGUGAUAUGCUGAUCAAUAGGCCGGCCGGCCGGAAUGGAUUGGCGGACAAGAGUUCGCGCUGGCCCGGUGGUGUAGUGCCUUUCGAGAUCAAUGGAAACUUCCGGGCCAACGAGAUGCAGAUGAUCGAGGCCGCCAUCAAUGAAUAUCACAAGAACACCUGCAUCAAAUUCGUUGCGCACAUGGGCGAGCGGGAUUACAUUUCGAUUGAGAGCAGCAGUACCGGAUGUUGGUCCAGCGUGGGACGAAUCGGCGGCAAACAGGAAGUCAACCUGCAGAUGCCCGGUUGCACCACCAAGGUCGGUACGAUCGUCCACGAGCUGAUGCACGCACUCGGCUUCCUGCACGAACAGAACCGAUCCGAGCGGGACGAUUGGGUGCGCAUCCAGUCGCAGAACAUCCAGCGGGGAACGGAAAACAACUUCUCCAAGGCCAAGACCGGCACUACGGACGGAUUUGGGGUGCAGUACGACUACGGAAGCGUGAUGCACUACUCGGAAAAGGCGUUCUCGUCCAACGGGCAGCCUACUAUUGUGGCGAAGAAAUCCGGUGGCAACAAGAUGGGUCAGCGGAAUGGGUUCUCCAAGGGGGACAUAAAUAAGCUCAACGGAAUGUACGGCUGUAAGGGAGGUGGCAGUAGCUCCAGUAUAUCGGUAGCACCGAAGCCACAGCGACCGGUCAGACCGGCUAGACCGAACAAACGUCCUGGAAACGGCCCAACCGGAGCUCAGGUUGUUGGAUUCAUCGGAAACCUUAUUGGGGCUGCCUUCGGUGACAACGAAAACAAUGCCACAUCCAAUGCAGCCGCAGAAGAAUAGAACACUCAUCACGAAUAAUUCACUCGAAAGCCGUUGUGAACAAAAUGGAACCUGUUGCCUCAUUUACUUCAUCCUAGCCCAUUAAGAACCCGAA